AUGCACCAUCAGUCUCAUGGAGAGGUCAUCAAGGAGAAGGAGUCAGUGUCAACCUGGAUCCUGCUGAAGCUCCAGGUCCAGGAUAUUCCAUUGUCUGAACUCAGGAUUGUUCUGGUGGGAAAAAGUGACGACAAAAAGACAAAGCUGUGUGACUUCAUCCUAAAGAAUAAGAGUUCUCGUCUCCUAAAACAACGUGAGGUCAUCAGUGGAAAGUGGAGAGGAAGGCCAUUAACAGUGGUGAAAGCUCCAGACAUGUUCAGUCUGUCUGUGGAGACACUGAUAGAAGAGGUGAAGAAGUGUGAGAGUCUUUGUUCUCCUGGACCAAAUGUUCUGCUGCUGUUAGUGAAACCUUCUGAUUUCACUGAGGAGAACAGACGAACACUGAAGUUCAUCCUGAGUCUGUUUGGUCCAGAUGCUUUUAAACACUCGAUGGUCGUCAUGACAGAGAAGAAGAGAGGAACACGAUCCACUGUCAACCAGCUGCUUCGAGACUGUGGAGGAAGACUCUACAACAUGUUUGAAGAUAAACACCAACUGUUGAUGGAGAAGAUUGAGAACAUUGUGCGUGAAAACAAAGAAACCUUCCUCACCUUCUCUGAAGAGCCUGAACACAUGAAACCAGCUUUAAACCUGGUUCUGUGUGGGAGGAGAGGAGCAGGGAAGACUUCAGCAGCCGAGGCCAUUUUAGGUCAGACAGAGCUUCAUUCAGUCUCCAGCUCAUCAGAGUGUGUUAAACAUCAGGGAGAGGUGAGAGGACGUCAGAAGGGAGAGUUAGAGACCAUCCAGAACUCAUUCAGCUCUCCAGUCAAUGACUUCACCAUGAUUCUGUUCACUGUGGAGUCAGAUCCUGCAGCUCCAGCUGUUGUUGACUUUAUAAGAAAGAGCAGAGACAUCCAGGAGCUGCUUCAGAGUGUGGAGGAAGAUCUGUUGUUCAACAUCAAGGGACAAACAUCAGAUCUCUAA